AUGAAUACUACUACUACUACUACUACUACUACUACUACUACUACUACUACUACUACUACUACUACUACUACUACUACUACUACUACUACUACUACUACUACUACUACUACUACUACUACUACUACUGCUACUACUACUACUACUACUACUACUACUACUACUACUACUACUACUACUCACACUACUACUACUCACACUACUACUACUCACACUACUACUAAUACUAUUACUACUGCUACUACUACUCACACUACUACUACUCACACUACUACUAAUACUAUUACUACUGCUACUACUACUCACACUACUACUACUACUACUACUACUACUACUACUACCUGA